AUGGUUCAGCUCAAGGCGAUACUAUCCGCAGCUCUGCUGGUCGCCACGGUCGCCGGCGACGAUGUCUGCCAUCCGGAUCCAAACUCCAUGAUGAAUCGCAUCCUCAAGUACGAGUACAUGGACGAAGACAAGCAGAAAGUGAUGACAGGACCCAUUUUUGCAGAUCUGGUCCCGUGGAUAAAGCUUGCCGGUAACCAAACGGAAAGCCUACAUCUGGAAGGCCCCUACAUCGGCCGUCGUCUUAUCGAGCUUGUCUGCGAGUCCUGGACCCGCUAUUUCGAAUCUAAACUGAACAAACCUUACCAGGAUCUCGAAAAGGUUCUCAUCAUCGAAGACCUCGCCAUGAACCUGAGAGCAGUGCAAAAAAAUCUCUGUCGCAAACAAUGA